AUCAAGAAACACGGUGGCAUCGCCAGCACCGAGUCCUACGGCACCUACAAGGGACAGAACGGUUUGUGCCACUACAACCAGUCGGAGAUGCUGGCCAAGAUCACGGGCUACGUCAACGUCACCUCGGGCAACACCACGGCUGUCAAAGCCGCCAUCUACAAGCACGGCCCCGUGGCCGUGAGCAUCGACGCCUCCCACAAGAGCUUCUCCUUCUACUCCAACGGCAUCUACUACGAGCCCAAGUGCGACAACACACCAGGGUCGCUGGACCACGCAGUGCUGGCCGUGGGCUACGGGGUCCUGCAGGGAGAGACCUACUGGCUCAUCAAGAACUCCUGGUCCACCUACUGGGGCAACGACGGCUACAUCCUCAUGGCCAUGAAGGACAACAACUGCGGCGUGGCCACCGAGGCCACCUAUCCCAUCCUGGCCUGA